CUUUGAACUCAGCGUUUGAGAGACUGUAAACCCGCUCUGAAAAAUGGCAGAAACCGCUCCAGCCCCGGCCGCUGCCGCCCCGCCGGCCAAAGCGCCCAAGAAGAAGUCCGCCGCCAAAGCCAAGAAAGCAGGUCCAGGCGUCGGUGAGCUGAUCCUCAAAGCCGUGUCCGCGUCCAAAGAGAGGAGCGGCGUGUCGCUCGCCGCCCUGAAGAAAGCUCUCGCCGCCAGCGGCUACGACGUGGAGAAGAACAACUCCCGCGUCAAGCUCGCUAUCAAGAGCCUGGUGACUAAAGGCGCCCUGCUUCAGGUCAAAGGGACCGGCGCCUCCGGGUCCUUCAAGAUAAGUAAGAAGCAAACCGAGACCAAGAAGAAACCGGCGAAGAAGGCGGCUCCCAAAGCGAAGAAGCCCGCGGCCAAGAAACCCGCUGCUGCCAAGAAGCCCAAGAGCGCAGCUGCAAAGAAGCCCGCCGCUAAGAAAUCGCCCAAGAAGGCCAAGAAACCCGCCGCUGCAGCCGCCAAGAAGGCGACGAAGAGCCCCAAGAAGGCGAAGAAGCCGGCAGCGCCCAAGAAAGCAGCCAAGAGCCCCAAAAAAGCCAAGGCUGCCAAACCCAAGGCAGCAAAACCAAAAGCUGCCAAGCCUAAAGUUGCAAAGCCCAAAAAGGCAGCCCCCAAGAAGAAAUAAAUAGCUUAUCUUUUAUUACCCAACGGCUCUUU